AUGGCGACUCCACUUCGUAGACGUGUCGUCGACAACGAUACCGAUACUGGGAGGCAGCAUAUGACCAAUGGCGGCUUGUCUCGAUCUUCUUCCACUCCGUACGACAUGUACAAAGCUCGUAGCCGAAAAGCAGAAGCAGCCGGCGCCGGUGGAACCAACACCAACGGCAGCUCCUCGCCUUCGCCUUUCAUCUCUGGAUCUCGCUCGGGUACGCCGCAUGUUGCUCGUCAGAGUGCCUACAACAGGGACUGGGGGCUUGGUACGCCGGCAGAUUCGAACAGUCCGGUGAGCCGAAAAGGAAGCGCGGUUGCUAGUCCGGCUUUGAGAGGGACGGCCGGAAAUGGGCCUACAAGAGCUUCUGUCAAUGGUCGGAGCGAGGGGGAGAAAGGGAAGAAUGUGACGAGCAGACAGAAGAGAAUCAGUCGGGCUUUCAUAAGGAGGAGAACCAUCAGACAAAGGAUCGAGUCUCUGCCAACGGAUCUGCUCGAUCACAUAGCCGGUCUUACCUUGACUCUAUCGGAACAUCUCCAAGAUGCUGCCCUCGGGUAUCCUAUAGGGCUCUCGUUCCACGUCCUCUCCCUCCUCUCGCAUCUGGCGUCCCCCACAUCAGAUCUUUCCGUCGCCUUAUUGUUCGGCGUCGAUGCCUCGUCAACUCAGGCCGCCUCUGUCUUUGGCGGUGCAGGAAGCGCGGGCGGUGUCAAAGGCAAGGGAGGGCUCAAGGAUCUCAGGAAGGCGGCCAAAGCCGCAAGAGUCAACGCAUGGUCCUGGGUCGCCGCGGUUCUCUCAUUCGCGCUGGUCCUCAUCUCAAUCUACAAUGCCUACAUCCUCUUCUGUAGUCGCCGGAAGUAUCGUCUCUGGAUGCGCAAGCAGGAGGACAAGCCAGCAAGUGAGAACGCGAGACUCGUCCCUGUCCAUCUCGACAACGAUGAAGGCGAGCCGUCCAUGCAGGAUAGGCUAAGAUGUCUAGUCUUGGAGAAGCUCAACGAGGUUCCGAUCUUGAACUGGGUCAUACCCGAUCCGCCCGAUCUGCACAAAGGUCACAACCAUAUGGACGCUCAAAUCCAUGAGCUCAACGUCUGGGAGGCGCCGGACGUGCCAAUGAGAAUAGCAGUCAUCUACUCGCCUCUGCAUGCGUGUCUGUGGCAUUUUGCGGGAAGCCCUCUGCUUCCCACUGGCGGUUUCUUGGCCUGGUUAUCCCUCUUCUUCGUCAUGACGCUCAUCUCUGCACAGUCCUACAUGGCCAUCACUGCCUUCGCGGGCUUGGUCAAGGACAAGUCUUUGCUCGCUGCAGAGGUCAUGCGCGAAUAUGACCAAAAAUUCGUGCUCCCGCGUGCCAUGCCCGAAGUACGUGACGCCUGCGUUCAGACUUCUCAGGCGGAAACGCUCUCCCCGGAUGAUUGGAUGACAACUUCUCCAAGAGCUCGUACCUCAAGCCACCUUCAAUCUUCGCAGGUAGACGCUGCCUCUCACCACCCUUCGGACCGUCGUCUUGGCAAGGGCGGAGCCAGACAUCAGAGCCGACGGCGUUUGAGCGAAGACAGGAGCAAUUGA